AUGGAAAUGAAUGUGGAUCAAGUGAAUGAGGGUAUAAAGGUUAUCGGUGAUUUGGGUGAUAUUCAAAUUGCGGAAAUAAGUGACAAUGAAGAAUGUGAAAAACCAGUCCCUUCGAAGGACUUAUCGAUUAUCCCUAAAUCCCUUCUUCAAAGCUCUACAGUACCAGUUUUUGGAAAUAUAUCUGUGAGUGACUCAGAUAACGUGCAAUUCGGUAACAACACUUAUUUCAAUGGUCCUGUAACAAUUAAGCAAGUGAUAAAGAACAAUGGUGUUGAAAAUGCUUCUUAUACUGUAACUGAUGACGAAAAAGAUAGUGGAGUAUCUCCACGGUCUAAAUCUGGAGAUAAAAAAACUCAAAAGACACAGAAGUUUACUAGAUGGAAUAAAAACCAUAUAAUAGGACUAAGUUUUGGAAUAUUAAUUGUAGUGCUCAUUAUAACCCUCACAGUAAAUUAUGUACUAUAUCAAAAUUCACAAACAACACAGAGUUCCACUAAACCAGAGGCAUAUAACUCAACUUGCAAUAGAGUAUUGGGUGUCUGCGAUGAGAAUGUUCAAAUGGUUGUGUUAUCCAUCAUAUUACAAUUAACAAUCAUGUUGGUUUUCCUAUCAUUACUAACACGAGGUGGUCCAGUACUUGAUAAGAAUAAUCAUGAAAAUUGUGUAAAGCACUGUACAAACUUGUGCACUAACGAAGGUGGACCAGAUAUUAUAUCGCCUGAAUACCUUCGCUUCGUAUCUAGGAUUGAUUGGCUAGCGCAGCCAGAAGAAGGCGCAUUGGAUCUCUUAAAACUACCAGCACCGUGGGUGAUAAUCACGCACACUGCCACAGAGACUUGUAAGAGCCAGAGUGAAUGUGUACUGCGUGUGCGUUCGAUACAAACCUUUCACAUUGAAUCCCGAGGGUGGUAUGACAUCGGAUACAAUUUCUUAGUCGGCGGCGACGGAUCCAUCUACUACGGUAGGGGAUGGGACUACAUAGGCUCCCAUACACUGUACUACAACAAGUACUCUAUAGGAAUUGCAUUCAUAGGAACAUUUAACACCAUUGUACCCCCAAAGCGUCAAAUAGAAGCGUGCCAAAGAUUAAUUAAACUAGGUGUUAAGUUAGGAAAAAUUGCGAAGGACUAUAAAUUAUUAGCCCAUAGACAACUUAUGUCUACACUAAGCCCCGGUGACACAGUGUUUAAUGUAAUCAAAACAUGGCCGAAUUUCGUUUCUAACUUCACGUCGGUCGAUGACAUCUUGCCGAGGUAUUGA